AUGGAGGGUACGGAAACUUGGUUUUGGUCAGAUUCGACAGUCGUGCUGGCGUGGUUCAAGUCGCCAUCGUACGUCUGGCCAACGUUCAUCGCGAGCCGAGUCUCGCACAUUCAGAAGCUGACGAAGGGACAUCGUUGGAACCAUGUCAAGGGGACGGAGAAUCCGGUGGACCUCGUCUCGCGCGGCGUGAUGCCGAAGGAUCUCGUUGGACUGCGUCUGUGGUUUCAAGGUCCGCACUGGUUGGAGACAUUCGAGGAGUAUUGGAGCAAAGCGAAGCACGAGGAUACCGAAGAUCCGGCCGAAGAACUGUUGGAGAGGAAGAAGAAAAUUCUGGUGGUAUCGGAAUCCCCGAAACCUCACCCGCUCAUCGAUCGCUACGCGUGCUAUUGGAAGCUGCUGAGGAUCACGGCGUACUGCAUGAGGUUCGCUUGGAAUUGUCAGCGUCGCAAGAAGCCAUCCACAACGUCGUACCUCACCGUUGGCGAGCUGAAGGAGGCUACACUGGCGCUGGUGCGCAGUGUGCAGCAGGAACCUUUCGCCACGGAGAUCAAGGCACUCGCGAACCACCGACUCGUGCCCGCCCAUUCGUCGUUGAAGCUGUUGAACCCAUUUCUAGAUCAGCAGGGCGUACUCCGCGUUGGUGGCCGGCUUAGACUCGCAGGCGAAUCGUUUUCCACCCGGCAUCCCAUGAUACUCCCCAACAGUCACACUUUCACGCGAAAAGUAGCCGUCGCGUACCACGCAAUUUCCUUCCACUCUGGUCCUCGCAUGACGCUCGCUCAAGUUCGCCAGGAGUUUUGGCCGCUAAGUGGCAAGCAACUGGCAACCUACACGUAUCGGAACUGUGUGCGAUGUUUCCGAAGCAACCCUGUCCCUGUCAAGCAACCCCCUGGUCAACUCCCAAAGCCUCGUACAACUCCCUCUCGUCCGUUCAACGUCACCGGUGUAGACUAUUGUGACCCGGUCUACCUGAAGCCCGCGCAUCGUCGAGCGGCUGCGCUGAAAGCGUACAUCGCCGUGUUCGUGUGCUUCAGCACAAAAGCUGUCCACCUAGAGCUAGUAGGGGAUCUGACGACCGCGGCGUUUCUUGCGGCUCUGCGACGUUUCGUUGCGCGCCGAGCCCUGCCCUCGGAAGUCCACUUGGACAAUGGCCUGAACUUUCAUGGAGCUAGCAACAAUCUGCGAGAGCUCUACGAUCUGUUGCAAGACCCUACGGUGAUCGAGAAGGUCACCAACGAAACUACUCGUCGUGGCAUCGACUGGAAGUUUAUCCCACCGAGAGCGCCGAAUUUCGGUGGCUUGUGGGAGGUGGCGGUAAAGUCCGCCAAGACGUCGCUCAUCCGUGUGCUUGCAGCGAUGAAUUCCCGUCCGCUUACUCCUUUUUCCGAGGAUCCGGACGAGCUGGACGUGCUCACACCAGGGCACUUUCUGACCGGAACGUCGCUGCUGGCGAUCCCAGAUCCGGACUAUUCGGACAUUCCCACGAACCGGCUGCAGCAUUACCAGCAGCUGCAACAACUGGUGCAGCAGCACUGGAAGCGGUGGAGGCGAGAGUACAUCUCGCAACUCCACAAUCAGAACCAGAAGUUCCCGCAAGCAACCCAGCUGAAGGCUGGCCAGAUGGUAGUCCUCAAGGAGGACAACAAGGCGGCAAUCGAGUGGCCUCUUGCCCACAUCGUCGAGGUCUACCCCGGUCCUGAUGGCGUCGUUCGGGUCGUGAAGCUGCGCCUGCCGAACGGUGCUGUCUACAAGCGACAAGCAUCCCGAGUUUGCAUGCUGCCUUUCGAGAGGGACUCGAUCGGGCAGACUCCGAACGCCUUCAACCCUCAACCUUCACAAGGCGCACCGUAA